GCCCUCUGAUUGGCUGAGAGGACUUCUGGGUAGAGCCCUCCGGUGACCUUGUCCACUCAAAAGCAUCUGAGUGGGAAAAGCAGAAGGAAACGCUCAAGUGGUCAAAGUGUGCAGUUGGACGUCAGUGCAGAUUUUUGCAGGUACCAGAUGGCAGAAGAAGAGGGCCAUGCAGACAAGAAAAAAAUGGUGGCAUCACAGUCAUCCCUUCGCAGUGGGAACUUGAGUGUUUUAAAGAAACAUUGGGAGCAGCAGCCAUCACCCAGCAGCUCUGCGUUUCAAAAAAGUCAGCUCACGUGGCAGAUCCAGAAAGCCGGGGACACCCACGAGCUCCUGCAAGAGGACCCGGGCACCGAGUUGGCAGCACGCGGCCAUCGAGAGCAGAUGGAUAUGGAGGACAAGGCCAGCAGAGUUGCAGAGGAGCAGGAAGCAGCGCACGCAGAGGUGCCCGAUUCGGAAAGACCGAGCGUUCCCCUCAACGAUCUGAAGAUGAUUUUCGAGAAAGGGGAGUCGGACCAGGUGUCUCGAGAGCAGUCAAGUGGAGGAAGCGCUGCUAAUACAGCCAGCAUGGAGCAGCUUCCGGGGGACGGAAGUCUCGCGGAAACGACUCCUCUCAGAGACAGGAUGGCUCUCUACCAAGCAGCCAUCUCAAAACAGGAUGUUACCCCGGUCAAUACUGAUCUGCAAGAACUAUUUGGUGGCAAACAGAAGGAGAACGUCCCACCCUUCUCCCUGGACAUGAGUCCAGAGUCUGAACCGCCAAACAACAGAAAAAGUUUUAAUGACGAGAACAAUGGUCCUGGUGAUGACAAUCCAUCUUCCUGUUCUCCAGCCAAAACUCCAAGGAAUUUCCGUCUGCCCGUGAGGGAAACGUGCGUAUCCUGUCAGAAGACAGUGUAUCCUCUGGAGAGGCUGGUGGCCAAUCAGCAAAUCUUCCACAGCGCUUGUUUUCGCUGCUUCCACUGCAAUACCAAACUCAGUUUGCUCAACUACGCCUCCCUGCACAACAACGUGUAUUGCAAGCCACACUUCAGCCAGCUCUUCAAGGCCAAGGGUAACUAUGACGAGGGCUUUGGCCACCGGCCUCACAAGGAGUUGUGGGAGAGCAAAGGCGAGACGGGGGAGACCACCGCCGCACUGCUGAUGCCGACGACUUCGCCGCAGGUCGCCAAGAGCCCCUCUUCCCUCGGCUCUGAGCUGACAAGCCCCAGCGUGGAGGAGUCCCCGCUCGCCAAGGUCAACGUCCUGACCGCCACCAUGGAGGCCCUAGGACAGGGCACCCCGGAGAAAAGUGACAGGCCGGUGGAGACGCGCAGGCUGAAAAUCUCCUGGCCGCCCCAACCGGAGACUGACGCCGGUGCCGCUGUGCUCGCCGACUCAACCGGCAAGCCCAUUCGAGCCAAGUGGCCACCGGAGGACAAGGACUCCUCCGUCUCCUCCUCGCCACCCGGACAAGCCAAUGGAGCUUCCGAUCAGGGAGGAGGCUCCUCCUUAAAGGAGCGCUGCAUGCUCUUCACACUGGCGGGUCAGGGCGCAACGGAUGAGUCCCCGAGCAGGGAGCUGAAAACCGGGGGCCAGUCGCCAGAUAAUCACACGCCCACAGAGGACAGCAGCGUGGAUGUCAACAGCAGCUUUGGAGAGGAGGGUGAAGACAUGUUGGAAAAAGAGGGCGAAGACAUGCUGGAGAAGGGAGUUCAAGACGUGAAGAGAGAAGACGGGCCAAAGCGUCGUCUCUCUCACAAGGUCAACGCUGUGGGUCUCGCUCACCCAGGAGAGUCGCUGGAGGACCGAGAAGAGGAAGAAAAAGUGAAACCUGACAAGUCCUCCCAGGAGGAAGAGGUGGAGGCCAGUCGCUCACCGCAGGAUGUGGGCUACUGGGAGGGCGAGGAAACCGACGAUAAGACGGAGUUGGAGACGCUGAGCGUGGAGGAAAUGAUCAAGCGAAAUCGCUUCUAUGAUGAGGGAGAGGACUUCUGAAUCGAGUCCAGUGACUUCCUCGUCCGCUUGCCGAGUUACCGCUAGUUUCAGGUUGAACUGUGCCUCUUUUCUACAUUCAAAGCCAUUCCAAUUUUUUUCUUCCUCUCACCUUUUUUUAAGUGAAACGUAUUUAAAGCUUCGUCUCAAACAUUAUUAGAGGUAAAGGCCGAAAGACUCGAAUGUAUUUCACCUUACCGUUUUGAAUUCGAAUGCCACUGCAAUACCAAUCAAUGCCAUUUUGAAAUGCCAAUGCCGUGUUAUGCCACUGUUGCUCACUGCCUCUUCUUUCAAAUUCACAAUAACAGCGAAACCUGUAAUAAACAAAACAAACCCUUCAAUCUGUUACUAUUUAAGGAAAAAAAAUCGUUGGUGUUUUAAAAACACUACUGCCAUUUGCAAUGUUUAUCCUGGAAAAUUAGAAACCAAAACUGGAUCAUCUGGUUCUGAUGUACUGUUUCUAAGGCCGUGACCUAUUUAAAUAAAUUGUGAACAAAAUA